AUGCCAGAUUCAUCAACAAAUCAAAUUAAAACAUCGAACGGUGAUGAAAUAGCUUCAUUUUAUCGCAGCAUUAUAUCAUCCAGUAAUAAUGAAGAUCAAUCUAAGAAUAGACAAAACAAUAAAGUAGAAAAAGAAACAUGGUUCUGUAAAAGUUGUGAAAUGAGUAUACCAAAAUCAGAUUACAAAAGACACAUUCAAGGAACAGCCCAUUUAGUGAGUAGUAAUAGUAGUUGUGCAAGUCAGCCCUUAGCACCCGAUAUUCUUACAAUAAAUGGAACUAAUGUUGGUUUUAGAAUGCUUCAAUCACAAGGUUGGAAGUAUGAAGAAGGAUUAGGUGCAAAUAGUCAAGGACGUCGUCAUCCUAUUGCAACUGUCUUGAAGCAAGAUCGAUUUGGCAUUGGACAUCAAAAUACAGGAAAAAAUUAA